UAUUACACUUCUGGAAAAAGGACGAAUCCUCUCAAAGAUACCUUAUCCCGUAAAGAACCACUUCAGCUAUAAAUGGACGUUGAAUCAAGCCACAGCAAUGAGGAUCUAAACGAUAUCCAGGAAUUUAUUGAAGAACAUUUAAUUUCACACCAGGAGGAAGUAAUUGAGCAUCCUCCUAUGCUCAUUCCCCUCUCACCUACAAUCAUUCCAUUGUCCCCGACAUUUUUUUUGGAUAGUCAGAAUGAUACAAUCCCAGGGCACAGCAUUUCCCUUGAGCUACCGUGCGAUCUAAUCGUGCCUGAGGACUUUUUAAAUAAUUUCUCAGUGAUAACAGAAAAGCCGGAAAAAGCUGAAUAUAUUGAAGAUUCUGAGCUUUUGGAACAGUACUUCAAGACAUCCUUCAGUGAUCUAGCGUCAGACUCCGAAUUGUCUAAAAAAGUUCCUGAAAAUUCCGAAAGGAACGACGUGGCCGGUACUUCGGAGGAGGGCCAGGUUAUACAUGCGUAUACCCCCUUGGAGCAUCCCAAUAGACCUCAAAAAUCUGCAAAAAGACCUCUCAAAAAACGGCCCACUAGACGUACACUUCUUGUGGAAAGCGAAUCUUCCGAGGACGACACAUCCUUCAGCAGAGACCCAAAGUCUAAAAGGCCGCGUAAAUUUUCCGAAAGGUUUCAUGCUUCACUACAAGCAAGAGGCACCCCCACAGUCUCCAAAGUAUCACAAAGGCUAAAACCUACGAUCCCCUCAACUUCAACUACUGCUAGGUAUCACAGCGCUGAGCUAUUGAAACAUGUACAUAUGACUAUAGAGCAGAUCAUUUACAGACAUCCUGCUAUAAGGGCCCUAGUUUCUGACCCAGAAGUGGCUCAGAAUAUACAAACAUUAAUUACCCUAUUGAAAACGCUGGGUUUUUUAAAACAAUAACAGUGUAUUUGUAGAGCUACAAUGGAACCACAUCGCAAAAAAACAUGUAAAAGGAAACACAUUGAAAUUACUGUUGAUGAUUCUGACAAUGAUGAUACGGCUGUGAAUGGUGUUCUAAAAAAUAAAAAGGUUUCAAUUGAUCCGAGUCAUAAUGUGUCAAAUUCUGUGGUAAAUUCUAUAUUCGUACCUAAAAAUACCUUAAAUUCUGAUCCUUCAACAAGUUC